CGGGGUCUUGUUCGCUCGCUGUGGCUGGGCGGCUAGUUCAAGUUGCCAUAGCUGCGAGUCUGGAGAGAGCAGAGUCGGUUGCGCCGCAGCGUCAGGUCAGUUGCACCUUCUGGGUCGCUGGCGGCCGUGGGAGCCGGGAGGGGCCUCGGCGAUGAUCCGGCUUUAAGGACUUAGGGUCCUUUUCUAUCUCAGGUGAUUUGGGGAAGGUGUAGGGCAACCAAAGAUUGUCUACUUGACUAGGCCUUUUGCCCUGAACCUCAUGAAGAAAUGAUAGGAGGCAGACAUAUGUGCCAAAGAAGAGCACUGAGCUCAGAGGAGAACAACACGGAGUUUUGGGGGUGUGUUUUGAGUUCCAUCAGAUGCAGGAGUUUGAACAUCUUUUAUUGCUCAAAGUAAUUGAAAUUAAUAGCUGAAGACUGUGUGUGUGUGUGUUUACCAGUGAAAUUCAUGCUGGAAAGUGUGAUUUUCUCUUAUUAAAAAAUAUGUAAUCCUUAGUAGGGGAUUGUGUACAUCAAUGGCAGAAUCCUCCAGCGAUUCAGAACACUUUCGCUCUCGUGACCGAUUGAGUCGAUGGACUGCCAGGUCAACAUACAGGGAAAGUCUAAGUCGUCCUACAGUAGGCGUCACCGAGAAGGUCAACACUAUAACGAGUACUUUACAGGACACCAGUCGGAACCUGCGACAAGUAGACCAGAUGCUUGGACAGUAUCGAGAAUAUAGUAAUGGACAGGCGGGUGCUAUAGAACAUUUAAAAGAAAGCUUGGAACAAUCAAUAGGCCAAUUGCGGAGUCAGCGUUUAUUGAGAAACUCAGGAGGGAGAAGUAUUUCUGUUACAAGUCUGAGUGCAAGUGACCUCGAUGGUGGCACUGUGACAGAGAGCUACCGUUUUCCACCUACCUCACCUCUCAAGGACUAUGGGGAUCAUCAGGGGAGUAAACGAAUUAGGUCCAGAACUGGUGUCCGAUUUGUUCGGGAGACUGACGACAUGGGCCAGUUUCAUGCUUUUCAUCAGUCCCUCCGAGACCUCAGCAGUGAACAAGUUCGGCUUGGAGAUGAUUUCAAUCGGGAAUUUGCCAGAAGAAGCCGGUCGGAUGCUGAAACAAAAAGGGCUUUGGAAGAAUUAGCUGAAAAACUUAAUGAAACCCAAAAGCAAGAAGUGGUUUCAGAUCGGGUGGAACGACGGCUUCAGGAAAUAGAGAGAGAGAUGCGCACAGAAAGGGAGCUGGUGGAAAGACGGCAGGAUCAACUGGGACUUAUUUCUUUGCAGCUACAGGAGGCACUGAAGAAACAAGAAGCUAAAGCAGAUGAAAAUGAGGGAGCCGUGAAAAAUAAGCUAAGACAGACUGAAACUGAGAAGAGUCAACUUGAACAAGAAUUGGAGCUAUCUCGAAGGUUAUUGAAUCAGUCGGAAGGCAGCAGAGAAACACUUCUGCAUCAGGUAGAAGAGCUCCGUACACAACUUUUGAAAGCAGAAGGUGAUCGAAAGGGUUUACAGCAUCAAGUGUCUCAGAUUUCCAAGCAACAAUCAAACCAUCAAGAUGAACAAGGAGAUGACUGGAGGUUUAGGAGAGGGGUUGAGCGGGAAAAAGAGAAUCUGGAGAAGCAGAUGUCAGAUUUGAGGGUGCAGCUGAACUUCAGUGCAAUGGCAUCUGAGUUAGAGGAAGCGAAGCGGUGCAUGGAGCGAAAAGACCAGGAGAAGGCACAUUUUGCAGCGCAAGUAGAGAAUUUAACACGUGAAUUGGAGAACAGGGAAAAGCAGCAACUACAGAUGUUGGAUCAACUUAAGGAGAUCCAGAAUCACUUUGAGACUUGUGAGGCCAAACAUAAGCGCGCUGACCUUCAGAUCUCAGAGCUGACUCACCAUGCUGAGGAUGCCACCAAACAGGCCGAGCAGUACCUUCUCGAGUUCCAGCAGUCAGAGGCCCUGAGACAGGCAGCGGAGAAGAGGAGAGAAGAGCUGAAGACGAAAGCUCAGGAGUCCAUUAGACAGUGGAAGCUUAAGCAUAAGAAAAUAGAGCGAGCACUGGAGAAGCAGUCUGAAACUCUUGAGCAACUGACAGACAAGAAUAAUCAGAUUCUAAAAGAAAAGGAUGAAUUGAAAAGCCAGCUUUAUGCAGCGUUACAACAGAUAGAGAAUCUUCGAAAGGAAUUGAAUGACGUCUUAACCAAGCGUGCCCUUCAAGAGGAGGAACUUCACUGUAAGGAGCAGAAACUAAGUGAUAUUAAGGCUCAUCAAGCUGACCUUGAACUAGAAGUCAAGGAUUCCCUGGACACUAUCCAUAGGCUGGAAAGUGAAUUGAAGAAGCAGAGUAAGAUUCAAAGCCAGGUGAAAGUUGAGAAAGCUCACCUGGAAGAAGAAAUCGCAGAGCUAAAAAAGGGCCAGGCCAAGGACAAAGCUCAACUUCUCGAGAUGCAAGAGGCUGUCAAGGAUUUGAGUGCCAUCCGGGCCGAUCUUGCUAAUAAACUGGCUGAGGAACAGAAAGCCAGGAAAGAGGUGCUUAAGACCCUUGCUGACCUCAAGACACAGGCGAAAUCUAGAGAUGAAGAAACAGCUACAAUCGUUACACAGUUAAAGCUAGAACGAGACGUUCACCAGAGGGAGCUGGAAGAUCUCACAUCGUCAUUGCAGAGUGUGAAAACUAAACACGAGCAGAACAUCCAGGAGCUGAUGAAGCACUUCAAGAAGGAAAAGAGUGAGGCUGAGAAUCAUAUUAGGACACUGAAGGCAGAAAGCAUAGAAGAUAAGAAUACGGCCAAAGUCCAUCGUUGUCAGCUAGAGAAGUUGAAAUCACAGUGUGACAGGCUGACAGAGGAAUUAACCCAGAAUGAACAGGAGAACAAAAAACUGAAGCUAAAAUAUCAGAGUUUGAAGGACCAGCUAGAAGAAAAGGAAAAGCAUAUAAGCAAUGAAGAAGAAUACUUAAGGAGGAUGGAAGAGGCCAGAUUGCAGCUCAAGGAUCAACUUCUUUGCCUGGAGACUGAACAGGAAUCCAUUCUUGGUGUCAUAGGAAAAGAAAUUGAUGCAGCUUGUAAAACCUUCUCCAGGGACUCGAUGGAGAAAUUGAAAGUUUUUUCAUCUGGUCCUGAUAUUAAUUAUGACCCACAUCGCUGGUUAGCAGAAAGCAAGACUAAACUUAAGUGGCUCUGUGAAGAACUGAAGGAGAGAGAAAACAGAGAGAGGAGUCUGCGGCACGAGCUGAUGCUGUGCAGACAACAGCUGAGGAGUAUGACUGAAAACAAGGAAUCUGAGCUCCAGUGUCUCUUCGAACAGAUAGAAAGACAAGAGCAGCUUCUGGAAGAAAUACAACAAGAGAAGAGAGAUCUCCUGGAGGAGACCCACAGAAAAGAUGAAGAAAUGGAAUCUCUGCAGCCAAAGCAACUGUUUAAAAUUCCAUCUUGGGAAGAUGCUAGUCAGACUGCAAUGAAAAAUCAGAAUGAAGCUCAAUUUGAAGAAAAAGCAGACCGUGUAAAUGCAUUAGAAACGAGUACCCGAGUGGCCUUGGACCAUCUGGAGUCUGUGCCUGAGAAACUGAGCUUACUAGAAGAUUUCAAAGACUUCAGAGAUUCCUGCAGUUUAUCUGAGAGAAUUGAUGGGAGAUAUUCUAAAUACAGAGUUCACAAAGAAUCUCUUCAGCAGCGCCGAGAUGAUACCAAGUACGGAGUCAAAGACUCCAAAGAUGACGGAAUCUUUGCUGAGAGUUCCCAUGCUCGUAGGUUAGACCACUCCCCGUCUUGGCCUGAUCGCGGUCACUUCCUGUCUAGUCCACGAUUUUCACACUUGAAUUCAUUUACCAAAAGAACAGUUACUCCAGAUUCACCUUCAAUCAAGGAAGAUGCCAGCAGUUUACCAAUGGAUGGGACAAGUCCACAGUCUAAAAAGGAGGAAUAUGAAAGCAAAAAAAGCAAAAUGUAAUUUGUUGCUCUACAUGAGUGUUUCACAAAUAAUAGCAUAUCUGUCCUUGUUGCAGUCUGGCCUGCAUUAUCAAGCAGACGUAUCUACAGCUUCUGCUCUUUAGCAUUGCCAAACACUGACUAAAAUAACACUAUACUUGGUCUUUGGAAAUUAUAGAAGUUAAACUAAUCCAAGUAAUAUCAGCUCAUGAAUGGCAUACAACUAACUUAUUGGCAACUUAUACCAGCCGAGAAAGAGAGAUAUUUUUCACUUUGCAUUUUCCUUUUUCAGGCAUGGUCAGCCAGUUUUUGAACCAAAAUUUGGAUAUAUAAUUGGGAUGUUUUAAUAAUUACUGGCCAAACAGGAGGGAAAUGAGUUCCCCUCGAGGCAGAAGUUGUCAGCACUUUCGACUCAGGGAGUGUUUAUAUACAAUCGAUUUUUAAAAAUGCUUGCUCCCUAAUAAAUUAUCAUGUGUUAUAACAUGUCAUGGAGAUAUGCAUAUAUAAUACCAGACGGUCUGCUUUAUAAACACUCAGGAUUGUUACAUUCAUCAUCCCAGCAGUCUGUUAGUACAUGCAGUAUCUUAAAAUUUUAUUCCCAAUCAUCCAUUUUUAAUAGCAAUAAAGAAUUUACAAGUGAUACCUGAAUUGUAGAACACUGUAAAGAAUUCAUAGCACAACUUAUUUAUUUAUCUUUUUGUGGCCAAAUAUCUCACUGCAAUCACUUUGUCAUAUUCUGGACCAUCAUUGGUUUUACUCUCACCAGACUCAAAGUUCCCAGACUCCUGUGUCAUGAGAUUUACUCCGCAAGGGUUCUCUCAUAAUUCGGUACUAUCUACUUCAGCAUCUCAGCCUUCUUUGACAUCAAAGUGUUUUUAAGAACUUAUGCUCUUUACAUGCUAAUCUACCAGUGGAGAAAGAUUUCUAAUGAUGCUAAUGAAAGGUAAAACAACCAGGAGCUAAAUCCCACUGGGUCAUGAUGGAAAAUUCUUCAUAGAGACAAGGGCAAUAAAGCAAUGCCUUCGUAAUUA